GCAGUAAGAGAACUCGGCAAACCUUCUGUCCUCGCUGAAAGAAGCGUGAAUGAACCAGGGAUGCCAACGGAGAAGGAACAGGGUCGUAGAGACUCAAGGAAGAGAGACUGCGAUGCCGAGGACUGUCCAAAGAGGGACAACCUUCUCCUAGGGUUGCCUGCAAAGGAAAUGCGACGUAAGGAGAACAAAGGAAGGCUGAAAUAUUCAACUAAAAGCUUGCACACCGUGAAGGACGAGACGCCGGCCCCAAAGAAUGACAACCCCUGCGACGAAGAAAAACGCUCCGACCUGCAGACACAGAACACACCCAUGAGAGGGGUAACGGAGAAAGACUCGAGCAAUAUUAUAGAGCCGACAGAUAAAGCACUGAAACAUACCGACGACACAACCAUCACGCAGGAAAGGGCGGAAGAACAACAAGUGAAGCCAAUAAUCGAUCACCCAAGAGAUACUAUGGAGGAACGCCCCGACAAUGAUGGAACCCUAACGACAGAAGACCCAUUCAACAACCCCCUCGAAAAAAUCAGAACGACAGAAAAAUCAAUCAACAAAGAAUGGCAGAAUGAUGGAACCAGACCGACACUCACAGGAACGCAAAUAAAUGUUCCAGAACGACCUGUAGAAAAAAAGAGACAACCGGAAGACAGAAUGCAACAAUGUACCUUAGGAGGAGGAGGACACGAUAUCGCGCAAAAUGGUACGGAGCCUGGCAGAACCAGUGGAAGAAGAUGGAUACUACGGGUGACAAAAAAAGUAGCUAUGACGACAUACCCGACGACGUUACCUGAAGAGACGCAAAGACGAUAUAAUGCGACCACAAUCAAACGGGACUGA